CAGCAACGACAUCUUGACAAGCCGCACAAGCACAAGAAGAUUGACUGAGAUUGAAACAGUUGAGUGGUGGCCGCUGAUCAAGGCAACCUCAACCUCGAGAUGGACGACUACAGGCAAUAUCUUGCGCAGCAAGUCCUGACCGAGGACAAGCUGGUCACCUAUCGAGUGCUUAGCCGUGCUCUCAAAAUCCAUGUGAACAUUGCCAAAGAAAUGCUCUUUGAGUUUCAUAAGUGGCAGAACGACAAGCGGCCGGGCAGCCUGCACGCCACCUACUUGAUAUAUGGCAUAAACAAGCCUACCCAUGACGAAGACGGGGAUGUGGACAUGACAAGCUCGCAGACUUCGGAGGACUACCCUUCGGUCAGAUAUUCUGAUGAGGUACACACCGAGACCUUGGCUCUCGCCAGAGAAGAGCAGCUUGAAGAAACUCUUGCACAGUUCGACGAAGUCAGAGCCAUUCAUAUGUACAGCAUCGGACCACAUCCUUUGAAGGACGUCCAGCUACUUGCGGAUGCCGCUCGGCAAGUCUUGGAUCAAGCCCCAUCAAAUGACUUUGCGGCUGCGGCCAAAACCUAUGGCACAAUAUCCAACCCCAACAUGCGCAGGAGAGAACGCCGGGGAGCUGGUCCGACAAAUGCAGUCGGCAGUAACGCAGGCGUGAAAGCAGAAGCGAAGCCCGCGCUCACAUCCAAGCAAGAGUCUAAGCCUGUCACGGGAGCGAAAAACUCAAAUGUCAAAGAGGAGGCACCCGAGGUCAAACCGGCAGUCUCAAAGGUGUCUGCCCCUACGGUCGCCAAGAAGUCGUCCACAGCGGCUGCACCGUCUCUCAAGCGACAAGGCUCCUCAUCUGGUAUUGGACAAAUGUUCGCCAAGGCUGCCGCCAAACCCAAGAAGCCUGCGGCACCCAAGGAAGCGGAGAAAGCGCAGCCCAGCCCAGCCAUGUCUGACGAUGGCCAGGACGAUGACGACGUGCAAGACCAGCCGAUGGAAGUCACAAAUACUGAGGAUAGCGCCAUGACUCGCCGUUCCAGGUCAGACCGACAAGCCGCCCUGCGCCGCAUGAUGGAUGAGAGUGACGAAGAGCAGGAAUCUUCCCGGGCGAACACGCCACCUGAAGAUGACCAGAUGGAUGGAUAUGAGACAGCGGCACAGGAAGAUGUCGCCGUAGCAGCAGUGCCGGAACCAAAGGCCGACGAGCCAGCAGAAGAAGUCACGGGCACUACGAAUGGCAGAAAGCGCGGCAGGAGACGCGUCACCAAGAAAAAACAGGUCAUGGAUGACCAAGGAUAUCUGGUUACGAUUCAGGAGGAGGGCUGGGAGUCAUUCUCCGAAGACGAGGCUCCACCGGCCACGAAAGCCAAGACGAGCGCAGCAGCAGCGACAAAGGCUUCCUCAGCAGCGGCGACCAAGACAGACGGGGGAGCGAAGCCAAAGAAGGCAGCCGGAAAAGCCGGCCAGGGCAACAUCAUGUCCUUCUUCUCGAAGAAGUGAGGCGUGCGAGAGGAAAGGAAGACUUUACAACACCCCUUCACCCAUGUGAGGACGCGUUGCAUGACGAGAACCUCGCUUGUGUAGAAUUGCAGGCUAGCAAUCCUUUCAUGCACUCAGCAGAACAGUACCGUGCAUGGGACUUGAUACAUCAUGACAAAGCAAAUCCAUAUUCAUCAAGUCUUUGGAUGGUCAAGCGAGCUGAUGGACAAUCACCCUAAUCAUUAUGGAUUGCUCAAUACUGCAGAUGAGAAUCCCCGAGACUUUUGACCAAUUACCAUGUAGAUCAAUGGAUCAUGUGCAGAUG